AUGGCGAAUUUGUCGCUUCGGAUGUUAUACUUUUGUCUGUUUGCGGCUGUUCUUAUCAAUGGAUCGAAUUACAUUUUCAUGAGGAUCUUUUAUCCGGGUGGCAAAAGAAUCUCAAAUUAUUAUUAUCCUAAAACGGAAAGUGGUAUGGCAACGGACCGUUCUCUACUAUAUUCAGAAGUAUGGUUCAGAGGAUUCAGAUCGAAUUUUAAUAACGAGAUGAUCUCCACUAUCGAUCACCAUGAGAUUUUACACAACAAAAGUCUUAAUGCUACAGAGUUACAUGACGUGGUUGUUGAAGUCAGUCGUUGUCCAGUGUUACCUCCAGGAUUAGGUGAAGUUGACAUACAUUCGAAUCUAUUGGAUGAAAAACAAUCCGAUGUGAAACAUAGCAACGUAAAAGUUGGCGGUGUUUACCAACCAUCAACUUGCAAGGCAAGACAAAGCGCUGCAGUAAUUAUUGCUUAUAGAGGCUGUAGAAAAUAUCUCACUACGUUCUUGCUGUUUCUACAUCCACUUCUUAUUAAACAACAGUUAGAUUAUCAAAUCUUCGUUGUAGAACAAAGUAACAACAGCCAGCAUUUUAACCGUGGCAUGCUCCUGAACGUUGGGUUCGUGGAGGCUCAGAAGCAAAGAAAGAACGGAUGGGAUUGCAUAAUAUUCCACGAGGCUCAUAUAGUGCCCACCGACUCCCGCAAUUUAUACAGGUGUAGUUGGUAUCCACGACAGCUUGCGGCCCAUGUAGAGCGACGUGUCCUGGGCUCUUACGUCCCAAAAUUUGGAGGAGCGGUUGCCAUGACACCAGAGCAAUAUUCAAAAGUUAACGGAUUUUCUAAUAAAUACUGGGGAAAUGACGCAGACUUUGAAGAUUUAUAUAAUAGAGUGAUAAAUGCCAAUUACUUUAUCGAAACCACCUUACCAGUCUUGGGAAAAUAUAAAACAUUGGAAAAACAUACUGGUGCCGUUCGUGUUAAGUCAGAAUAUAUCGCUACUGUUUCUCCUUUAUAUUUACUAGAUGGUUUGACGUCAUUAUCAUAUAAAGUGGAAUUAUUUCAAGCAAAGCGUUUGUAUACAGAACUAAAAGUGAAUAUUUCUGAAACAAGUGACACUGAAAGCUAUAAACAAUAUCAUGACAAGAUCCUAAAUACAUCUUCUACACAAACGAUACAGAUAAAAGCUACAACUACGGCCAGUACAUAA